CAAUUGACAUCUGUUUAGUGUAUUUGUUUAUUUUGUUAGUACAAUUUAGAGAUUGUAUAUUUAAUUAAAUAAUUUCCAAUUGUCUAAACGAUUGUAAUAAAAAUGGGACAAGGUAAAAGCCAAUUUACAGAGGAAGAACUCCAGGACUAUGAGGAUCUCACGUAUUUUACAAAGAAAGAAGUUUUAUACGCACAUCAAAAAUUUAAGGCGUUGGCACCAGAAAAAGUUGGUCAUAACAAAAACGCAAAACUUCCGAUGUCUAAAAUUCUACAGUACCCAGAACUACGUGUGAAUCCCUUUAGGGAUAGAAUCUGCAAAGUGUUUAGUUCCAGCAAUGAUGGAGAUUGCACUUUCGAAGAUUUUCUAGAUAUGAUGUCUGUAUUCAGUGAAAACGCGCCUAAAGCUGUGAAAGCAGAGCAUGCUUUUAGGAUAUUUGAUUUUGAUGGAGAUGACAUGAUUGGUGUGUCUGAUUUACGCGAAGUUAUAGAGAGAUUAUGCGGACCAGAGUUGAAAUUGAGUGAUUCAGAAAUACAGCAACUAGUUCAAAAUGUUCUUGAAGAAGCUGAUUUGGAUGACGAUGGAGCUCUAUCCUUUGCUGAAUUUGAACACAUUAUUGACAAGAGCUCUGAUUUCUGCCACUCCUUCCGCAUAAGACUUUAAUUGGCUGGUUAUGACGACAUGGUGUUUUUGAAAAAGGAGUGUAAUACAAAUAAUAAUUGAGAUUUAGAAUAAUUUCACAAAAAUAAUGAUAUACAAUAACUUUUAAUCACCAAGUUUUUAUUAUUGUUAAUUUCAUUAAUUUACACCAAGUUUGUGUGUAAACCUGAUAAUCUAUCAUCAUACCUUUUAUCACAUAUUAAAUAAGGUAUUGAUUAUAAAU